AGCAGGUACUCCGAGUGCAACAACACAGACAAUAAACAUUGCUACAACUCGUCUCUCCGAUCUACUGUUGCAGUGCCUGUACAGAGCCUCAGAUUGUAUGUUGUGCCACUGAGCUGACUACACCGUCCUUCAAUGUAAAGCGGUAAGCAUCCAGUCCACUUCAUAAAAGACUGUACAAUAGUUGCUCAUCUCUUCUCUCCCAACUUUUUGUCUCCCUUCCAUCCCUUCUGCUCCUCGUCCCACCGCUUGCGUUGCCUCCCCUUCGCUGUCCUCCUUUUUUUACGUUCGUCUCCCUUUUUGAAUUCACAUUCGCGCAUCCGUAUUGUUGACCAAUGCCGAACGACUUCUCCAAUAACUCCAUACAUUCGUGUACUUCUUCCCACUCUGCAGUGCAAGUAAGAAUUGACGAGCACACGCGAGCAUACUCGCAACAAUGUUCAUGUACGACCACUCCUAUUGUACCACCCUCUCCCCGACGCUGUUUGCCCCACGCACAUUUACAUUCCUCAGUGCCGUCCAUGACACCAUUUCGAAUAAGAACGUCCCAGAGAUACACCUUUGCAACCACACACGACGACUAAGUUCUCUGCUCUGACUACGUCUCGCAAUUGAAGGUGCAUGUGAUGUGCACGUACGGACAUGGCUUCGCUUGCUGCUCAAAUCAGCUUGUUCAACGCUCUGGAUCCCAACCUCGGUGCACCACUUACACUCGCUGCACGCUGUCACGGCACAGCCUCAGCCUCCACAACCUGCUCGACCUCAAUUCACACACGCACGCAAUUCAACUUGCAGGGACCGAGCGACGACCAAAGUGUGGUGAUGAAGACUACAUCAAACGGCCCGAGAACACAUCCUUCCUCUUCCAUUGCAGAUGCCGUUGGGAAAAGAACGAGGCAAGAGGCAGCUCAUCAUACACUACAAGUACUUUCACUGUAUGGCUGCCCGUUAGGAUAUCUGCACACGACGUGCAGUAGCGUGCGCGAAGUGGAGAUGGCAGACUUUGGUGAUUUUGAGAUGGGUGAUGCGGUGUGCUUGCAAGGACGGGUCAACCGCAGAUGCAGUCAUAACCGUUGAGCCUCUCAAUGCCCUCGCUUUCGGGUGGUCCGUCUGGAUCUGGUCAAGGGAUGGGCCUGGCAAUCGACACCCGUAAUGCACUCGUUCGCUGCUCGAGUCU